CUGGGAACUAUGCACUUAUCGAUAGAACAUAUAGACCUCGAUAGACUAUGGUUUCCAAUUAGCAUCCAACUGACCGGACCGAAGAAUCAUAUAAAUAAUGGAUAUAGCCGAUCCACCGCCGAAUAAGCGUGCCCGGAAGUCGCCCAUACUGGAACAGGACAUCACUGGAAUCCAAGCCAUCCUGUCCGAAGAAUUCGACGAGGACAUAGCACUUAUCAAAGCGCACAGUUGCCAGUUGGAGACAAAGCAACAGCUGCAGGCGGUCAUCCAGGAGCUCUCCCAGAAACUGCCCCACUUCCAGCACCUGAAGCGCGUCCAGGAUCGCAGUGUCCUUAUCUGUCCCAGCUCGGAAAUCGACGUUUCUAAUACCCUAGAGCAACACCUCGAACAGUUCGCCUUCUCGGAGCACGUGCUCCGUGCUUUGUGCCAUGGAGUUCGUGUAGUGGAAGUGCCGGAACGGAUGCCCCGGUUGCGAGUGCAGUACGAGAAGACCACCCAGCACUGGCCCUGCAAGUUCCACCCAAAUCACUACUCGGAAUCCCUGCGAAAUGGCACUAACUUCAGCUCAGAACAACGCAUCUUCCACAAGCGGAUAGCCCAGCUUUUGGUGAGGCUCUCCCGGGAUGUGAAUGCCGGUCGGCCAGUGGGCAUCUGCGUGGAUCCACGACAACCGAGCAUAGUAUCCAUCGCAGGAGCCAGAGAAUCCCCUAGCCCCCACGAACAUUGCGGCAUGUUGCUAGUGGAUUUUGUGGCCAGAAGUCAAGAAGGAGGCGCCACAAAAACAGAGCUCACAUUCACCGAGGAUUCGGAGGAGAAGGAAACCACACUGCGGGGCAUACCCAGAGCCUACUACGAUUACCUGAGGAAAGAUGAGGAUUACAAAGACCUGACAUUCGGAGCGGAGAAAUCCAGAGAAAGUAAAGAAGUAGAGCAAGUUCAAGGAGCAGACAACCUGGCCAAAUUCGGACCCUAUCUAUGCACCGGUUACGAUGUCUAUCUGCUGCAGGAACCCUGCCUCAUGUGCUCCAUGGCCCUGGUUCACAGUAGAGCGAAAAGGGUGUUCUUUCUUCGAAACUCGGAGAAUGGAGCUCUGGCCACGAGAUUCCAGCUGCACUCGGUGCGGGAACUCAACCAUCACUACGAGGUGUUUCAGUUCACCACCAACGAGGACAAAGACUUGACGUAACGUUUAACAAACCUUGGUUUAAUAAAGGAUUUAUAAGAUAUCUUCGA